AUGGACUCCGAGAAUGUGUUCGAUAUAUACAGUGCCCCUGAGGCUCCUGAAGCUCCCUCGAGCAAGAAGAAAACAAGCAAGAGGCAUCCCGGGGAAAGCAGUAAAGUACCUCAGGCCAAGAAAACCCAUACUGCAGGCCCUCCGGUAGACGGACCCUCAGCAAAUGUAACACCACCUCCUUCUCCUCUCGAGCAGCAAACUCCCCAUGCUCCUGUCGGGUCGACACCUUCUCCACCAACCCCAACCGACCAGACUCAACAGGCUGCUCCUACUUCCACGGGGGGUGACAUAUCGAGUCACGCCUUAAGAUCGGUCAAAGAUAGGGUGGCCAAAAUUUUGAAGCAUGAAUGUUGCCGAGAGGCGAUGGCUUCGACGGAGACAAUGGACGUCGACCAAAUCUUAACCCGCGCAUUGAAUGAGUUUGCUAGUGCAAUGCUGACCCUUACUGCCGGCCGGCUUCGCUCGGGUGCUGUCACCGAGCAUUCCAGGACUCUAGAGCAACGGCACGCUGAAGAACUCAAAGCUGCCGAAGCGAAAUAUGCUGAACAGCUUGAGGCAGUGCUCGAGGAGAAGAACAAACUGGAUGAGGAGUUGAGGGAGAAGCAGACUGCUCUAGACAAGGCCGUCGAGCAAAGAGACAAUUUCAAGAGUCUAAUCGCAUCAACUAUCGCGAGGCUAAAAAGCUUGAGUAGGACUUGA